AUGGAGGAUAUUAUUAGAAUUAUUUUCAAAGAUUUGGAUGUCUGUGAUAUACUUUCGGCACUCUUAGUUAACCGAGAAUGGUGCCGAGCUGCUGUCCCAUUUUACUGGAAAGCUCCAUUUAGUUUUACCAGUAAAAGAAGCGGGGCCACACUAAAGACUUAUAAAAUGUUUCUUGAACAGGGAAAUAUUACGUCCGCUCAGGGUGAAACUCAAAAGGUUCUACCCCUUUUCGAUUAUCCAUUAUUUAUCAAAGAACUCAAUUAUUCGAACUUAUUGAUGUUGGUCGAAAAAAUUGAAGUUGAAUCAAUACUUCAAAUGUUAACAGACCGAGAUGUUCGUCUUGAAACUUUUAUUAUUGAGAAUGUCCGUGUAUAUAAUUAUAAUGAUGUUUAUAGAUUAUGGACAAAACCAUGCUAUGCCUCAAUACUCAAUACCCUUAUUCACGUUGAAAUACAUUUCCCUUUUAUAAAUAAUGAUUUCAUAAAGCUAUUAGCAGAAAAUUGCAUGAGACUGUCCCACCUCGAUAUUAAUAUUUACAAUAACUGUAAAUUUGCUGAAGAAUCGAUCAAUUCUCUCGAGAAACUCAUCUCUGCUCAAUGUGAUUGGAGUUGGUUAAAUAAUUGUCCAAAUUUGACCAAAUUUGCAAUUACAAAUCCUUCACUUCAAAUCUCUAGAAUUUUGGGUACAGAGCAUGAACCUUAUCAUUUUAAACCAUCGAAAAAUAAUAGGAAGUCAAGGGUUUUAACUGAACAUUGGCAUUUUGACAAAGAUGCCGGAAUAUAUUUAAUGCCAAAGUUUUACUUUCAUCCUCGUAAAUCAUUGACGGUGCCAUAUGGAGCUCCCACUGUAAUCCAAAAAAUCCAACAACCAAUGAUGUAUCCGAUCUGGAGUGCGUCUCUAAUCGAACUACAUAUUAUUAAUGAACCUUCAAAUAUAGUUGAGAAAUUCCAAAAAAUUUCCAGAAUUCCCAGAAUUCCUAGAAUUCCCAAAAAUCAAAGAAUUCCCAUAAUUCCCAAAAAUCAAAGAAUUCAAAGAAUUCCUGGAAUUCCCAGAAAUCAAAGAUU